CGAGAGCGUCCAGGCGGCCGGCGAAGGGCUGCUGUUACGGCGCUCCUUAUUCAGGAAGCGUCGCUGCGCCGAUUGCCUCGUGCGCGCGCUUGCGAGUGCCCCCUGUGCCUGAUAGCGGGGCUGAGGGAAAGGGGCGUAGCCUGUGCCAUGGCAGGCCCGCGCGGCUGGUUGUUGUCAGUCGCUGGCAGCGGGUUAUGGCGACGGCGGUGGUGAAUGAAUUCUCCGGGCGGGAGAGGGAAGAAGAAGGGCUUAGCCGCCUCCAGCUCCCCGACUCGGGCCGCCGGGACUUCCUCUCCACCCGGGGCCGGGCCGGCUCCCUCCGUCCAGCCCCACCAGCAACAGGCAGCUGCGGCGACGGCGGCGGCUUCCCCUCACAAGCGCAACCUCUACUACUUCUCGUACCCGCUGUUCGCCGCCUUCGCCCUGCUCCGCUUCCUGGCCUUCCAGCUGGGGCUGCUGUUCGCCUGGCUCUGCGAGCGCCUCUCCCGCGGCGGCGUCCUCAUGGCAGCCGCCAAAGGCACCGCCAGGGCCGGCGCCGGCGACGCUCCUGAGACGGUGCGAGCCUGCCACAAGCGCGCCUUCGAGUGCAUCUCCACGGCGCUGCGCAUCGACGAAGACGAGGCCGCAGGACAAAAGGAACAAGCUGUUGAAUGGUACAGAAAGGGGAUUGAAGAACUGGAAAAAGGAAUAGCUGUGCUAGUUACUGGUCAAGGAGAUCAUUGUGAUCGAGCUCGCCGUCUCCAGUCUAAAAUGAUGACAAAUUUGGCAAUGGCCAAGGACCGUUUGCAGCUGUUAGAGAAGAUGCAGGCAGUUAAGCAAAUUCCCAAGCUGCAAAUGGAAAUCUGUAGUGACAGUACUAACCUGGUAUGCCGCAAUGGACAUCUCCAGUCAGAAAGUGGAGCUGUUCCAAAAAAGAAGGACCCAUUGACUCAAACGAGUAACUCACUCCCUCGUUCAAAAUCUGUGGCAAAAACCGGAUCUGUGGGGCUUUCAGGGCACCAAAGGACACCUAGUUAUAGUGGAAUAUCCAAUUUUUCUGUACCUAGACAAGGAACUGUUCCCGCAGCUUCAACUCAGAAGGCUACUCCAAAAAAUAAUAGAGCCAACAAGCCUUCUACUCCUACAACUGCUGUGCGAAAAAAGAAAGACAUGAAGGUUUUUAGAAACGUGGAUAGUAAUCUUGCUAAUCUUAUUCUCAAUGAAAUAGUAGACAGUGGGCCAUCUGUCAAAUUUGAUGAUAUUGCUGGGCAAGAGCUGGCUAAGCAGGCACUGCAAGAAAUUGUUAUUCUUCCUUCACUUAGACCUGAGCUGUUUACAGGGCUUAGGGCUCCUGCACGUGGAUUGUUGUUGUUUGGCCCACCAGGAAAUGGAAAGACGAUGUUGGCCAAAGCGGUGGCUGCAGAAUCAAAUUCAACUUUCUUUAACAUAAGUGCUGCAAGUCUAACGUCAAAAUAUGUUGGUGAAGGAGAGAAACUAGUGCGUGCUCUUUUUGCAGUAGCCAGAGAACUUCAACCUUCUAUAAUUUUUAUAGAUGAAGUGGAUAGUCUCUUAUGUGAAAGAAGAGAAGGUGAACAUGAUGCUAGUAGACGUUUAAAAACGGAAUUUUUAAUAGAGUUUGAUGGUGUACAGUCUUCAGGAGAAGACCGAAUACUUGUAAUGGGAGCAACUAACAGGCCACAAGAGCUUGAUGAUGCUGUUCUCAGGCGAUUCAUCAAACGAGUGUAUGUAUCAUUACCAAAUGAAGAGACACGACUGCUUUUACUAAAAAAUCUUUUGAGCAAGCAAGGAAAUCCAUUAACCCAAAAAGAGCUGGCACAGCUAGCUAGAAUGACAGAGGGAUACUCAGGGAGUGACUUAACAGCAUUAGCAAAAGACGCAGCACUAGGUCCUAUACGAGAACUAAAACCAGAGCAAGUGAAGAACAUGUCUGCCAGUGAGAUGAGAAAUAUCAAAUUGUCAGACUUCACUGAGUCCUUGAAGAAAAUAAAACGCAGUCUCAGCCCACAGACCCUGGAAGCUUAUAUUCGCUGGAACAAGGACUUUGGAGACACAACAGUUUAAUAUGCAUCUUUGUCAAAGGAAGGGAAGAAUGUUGCCAGCAAGGGACGGUUGAUGCAAACUGCUGCUGGAAUGUGACCAGAGUUUACAAGACUUUAUAGAACUCUAAAUAUCUGCACUAAAGCAGGGAACUGACUUAAGGAAAAAACGAAUAGAAAUAGAUUGAUCAACAUCUCAUAAAUCUUAACAUCUGGAUUUACAGAACCCAGGGCACUGUAAGAUAGAGCACAGUAAUAUGACACAGGGGAAGAACUCUAGCAAUUGAACAAUGGUAGGAAAUGUAAUUUGUAUAUUUUGUUGAUGAAGUAUUCCAGUAGGAUUCUCAGUUGGGAAAACCCUUUUUUAAUUUGCUCAUGACAUUUGCUUUUGCUUUGUUCUUGUAAACUACUAAUUGUAAGAGUAUGAUUCAUUUUCUUUUUUCUUUUUUUUUACCUAUGUAUCAAUAAUGUGCCAAAUAAAAACACUUCAUAUGCAUCAGGAAGGACAACAUUGUGAAUACUGGGACACAAAGAAACUGGUCUGCUGCCCUUCAUUCUCUUGGAGUUCUACAGUCAUAAAACAGCUUAGAAAGCUUUCUUUCACAGAACAGCACUGACCAUUUCAACCAAAUGAAACUCUGAAUGGAUUAAAGUUACCAGUUUUACGACAUUCACUUCCUGCAGUGUCUCUCUAAUGUAUUUAUAUAAACUUUCUGUGGUAGGAUACUUGUUUCUAUACUGUUGUCUCUUAGACCAAGAGUAAGGAUAAAAGGACCGCAGUAUUUCUCUUUGGUGUUAAAUUUCAUAUUUACAGUGACAGAAACCCAAAGAAGGUUCUUCUUGGGUAAUUUUAUAAUCUUCUGGUAAUCGUGGUCUUGGUUACUUCUUUAAUUGCAUUAGACUUUUUAUAUCCUUCAUGUGCUUGGUUUGUAGAGGCACAGCUGACUUUAAAAAGGACACUAAAUGUAAGAAAAAAAUUUCCAUCUUUGAUACAUUGAUGGAAGUUGUCAAGAGGAUGGAAAAUUAGAACAAAGAAAAUUCUGUUGAGAAUAAAUGUAUGCAUAUUUUCUCAAUGUUUAAAAUUAUGCUUUCUAGUUCUAGGGAAGAUUUAAUUUGACCAUAUUGAUUUGAAAUGGGACUGUCAAAAUUCUUUUGAAAAAAUAUAACUCUUUGCCAUUGAAGUAAAAAACAAAACCGAUUGAUCUUGAACUGAGGGGCUUUGAGCACUUCUACAUAGCCUUCUUUAUCUAUUGCAAGCUAUCGGCGUUGAUAGCAUGCUAAAAGUGCAAUGCCAUGCUAGUUGCGCACAUGAAAAUCUAAAUAGCUCUAAGACCUAUAGUGGUUGCUAAAAACAAACAAGAUUUGUUAAGGCACUGCAACUGGAUAUUUCACUAUAAUGGCUAUUAUCUAUAAUGGCUGGUAUCUUCAUUAGUAUCCGAAGCUUCAGAGUAAACUAAUUGUGAACAGCCUCUGGAAGCUGAAAAAAACUUGAUAUUUCCUCACACUUUGAUGCCUUCAAUGUCCUUCUAGUUUGUUUGUAAUCUUUAAGUUUCUUUGCACUGAAAGUUCAAUGUAGGUGGCAUUACUUGCUGUUUGGGCUAAAAUUUGUCAUGCAUAUUUAGCGACCAUUGAGUAUCAUCUCUUGAUACAUAACUAAUCACAGAUUUCCUUUCAUGGUCAAGGCCACUUCCCUGUAUCGUCUGAAGGUAGAAAUAUUGUGCAGUGCCCCUCAUUGCAUGAAUGGUAAAGUAGGCCCUAUGUGGUAGUACAAGUUGACUGCCUACAUGGACAGAAAAGUCAUUAUUUUUGAAUAGAUAGAUACCAUGAGCUAUUUAUUAGACGAUGGAUAAAUUUAUGCGUGACAUACACCAUAUUUUCAUUGUGAGGAAACACUGAUAUGAUUAUGACAUGAUUUUGUGUAAAGUGAUUCCAAUUGUAUUCUAUCUUACGUAUAGUAAGCUAAUAUAAUAGUUUUAACUUUUUGGAAAGAUCUUACUUGUAUAAGUUGGAUGACCCUGUCAUGAAUUCCCAAUGUUUUCCUAGAACAUUGAGCUUUUAUAUUUUGAAUCACCUUCCUAACUGAAUAUUGUGGUUAGGAAACCUGGAUAAGAUAAACAAGUAGAAAAACUUUGUUAAAAGCUCAAAAUAGUUCAUGUCUUGAAAAUGUAUGUGGUGAUCCUAGUCACUGAUUAGUUAUAACUUAAGGCUGAAAUUGUUUGCUUUAAGCUUACUAACUACAUGGGACUAAGAACCCCUAACUGAGUUCAGGCUUACAUCCAGUCUAGCUAAUUCUAGAGCAAGCAAUUUUAUGUAGGCCGGAGUGAAGGACUCGUUGCUGCUUGAGAAAUUGCCCUCUAAAGGCAAUAUUCAGGAAAUGUGUUGAAGAAUUUUCCUGCUGUUUGAACCUAGCAAUACUUAACGCUCUAGAUGCAUUAAAUUCUGAAUGAGUCAACUGAAUGGGAAGACUUCAGCAACAGCUGCUUACUUGAACAAAAUACAACUCUCUGUAUCCUAGUGUUCCUUAUGCCCUUUUGUGCUCUGUAAUAGUUUUGACCGUUCUAUGUAUUUCCAGUUGUUCCACGGGAAUUACAAAUGUUUUAGUUUGGUUUUCUUGUGUUUUUUUUCCCAUUGGUGGGAAUGGCAAGCCUUUCACUCUUGUACUCAAGUUUGGUGUUGUUUUUUAUUUAAAGAUUAUCCAGAGUUCAGUUAAACAAAUUAACUCUUAACACAUACCAAAUUCAAAAUGGGGCUGGGGAACACAACUGUGUGGUGCAACUAGUGGUUACCUAAUGGUGUAGCUCUUACACUCCUAAUUUUGUACUACCUUAAGACAAAUGUGGACAUGACUAAUGCAGUUUCAUUCACCUUAUAGGGUGAUAGCCAAUGUUAACCAAUACUUAGAGAUCUAUUAAAAUAAAUGAACUGAAUUAAAGUCCACUGAGUUUAAUGGGUCUACUCUAUCACACAUAUUUCAGUAAUAUGAUUUGGUCCUUUGCUUGUUGUCAGGUGUCUUAAGUAGUUGCUAAAUUCAUAUGUAUUAUAGCAUAGACCUUAAGCCAUUAGAGAAAACCUGGUGAUAACUUGAGUUGAGUCCAAGAUAAUGACUAGAUUUGUCUAUUGGUACAUACUGCAAUAUUGUAUGUGACCAUUUGAGGUAUCAUUUGUUAUAGUACUGGAGCCCUAGGCAGCUGAAAGGAAACUACAAUAAAGUAUUAGACUUUCCAUCUAACUGAUGCAUUAUGCUAGUCAUAGCAAAGAACAACAUUUGUAUAUGUAUAUGUAGACUACAUUGACUUGUUCCCUGAAAAUGCUAUUAGGCAGCUGUAACCUUUUCUGUCAUUGAGGGAUUUUCUAAAGUAGCAUCCUUUAAGAAGGACCAUGAGAUAUAAAUAGCUGUUUUGAAUUUAAAACCAAAAGUCCUGUCAAAACCAGCAGCACUGUUCAUACUGAGCAGUUUCAAUGCUGUGGAAAGACUAUGUUAUGUUUCCUCAAUGAGAAUUCUCAGAUGGCUUCUCCCCACCCCCAACUUCUUUUUCUGAAUGUUGGACAUAGUUAUUCAGUAUUAAGAUAUGAAACCUUAAUGGGAAAAUGUGUAAAAGCAUGAAAAAUGUUCACAUUGGAUUGAGAAGUUUGAUUUUCUUGAUAACAUGUUGCAAUUUGUCUUCAUGUACAGUUUUAGUACUUUCCUAGGUCCAGAUUCAUGCCUUUCAGAUCUGUUGCCUAUGCUGUUAAUAUUUCUCAUGUGAAAGAAGAUCAUGGAAAAUUUUUGAAGAUUAUUUCCAUUUGGUUUCUCUGAAACAGUACUAAAAAUUAAUGUAAGUUCUAAUGAAAUAAAAUGUGUAAAACAACAUUUUUAAUUUUUAUUACCUCAAUUUGUUAAGAUUCUAAAUAAAAAAGUUAAAACAAUAA